AUGAAUGGAGGAAUCAGUGUUUUACACGAUACUGAUGCAAUUUCAGUGGUUUUGUCAUCAGUAUCAGUUUUAUUUUUCUUCUUAUCUCUUCUGAUAUUUAGAGUUUUCAUUAAACACAGGGAAACCCCCAUAGUGAGAGCCAACAACCGGAGCCUGAGCUUCCUCCUCCUUGUCUCCAUCAAGCUGAGCUUCCUCAGUGUGUUUCUGUUCCUCGGUCGCCCUGUGGAUAUAACCUGCAUGCUGCGCAUCAUCACUUUUGGAAUCACCUUCUCCAUAGCUGUCUCUUCUCUCCUGGCCAAGACUAUCAUGGUUUGUGUUGCUUUCAAAGCCACCAAGCCAGGGAGCUCAUGGAGAAAAUGGCUGGGAGUCAAACUGUCCAAUUCUGUAGUCUUGUUCUGCUCAUCCAUUCAAAUAAUCAUCUGCAUGACUUGGUUGGCCAUUUCUCCUCCCUUUCAGGAACUGGACAUUCACACUUCCCCUGGAACCAUCAUCAUUCAGUGCAAUGAGGGCUCAGCUAUUGGCUUUUACUCAGUUAUUGGGUAUAUGGGGCUUCUGGCAGCUGUUAGUUUUGUUUUAGCAUUUUUAGCUCGGAGCUUACCGGACAGUUUUAAUGAGGCCAAGUACAUC